CGCUCUCGCAGUCCUGCACCGGGCCUGCAGACCUCUCUGACUGGUGCUGCGAGGCGGGCAGGUGUCAUGCAAGCGAGUGCAUUUGCGGGGACCCGGCUGGCGGCCUCCCAGGCCACCACCGCCCGGCAGCAGCGGCAGCAGCUCAAUGUAGUGGCCAAGGACAGCCGCAUUGGCAAGGUCCCAGUGCCGGUGCCAGACAAGGUGUCGGUCACUCUGGAUGGGCAGACGGUGAAGGUCAAGGGCCCCCGGGGCGAGCUGCAGCGCACUUUCCACCCGGCGGUGAAGUUUGAGCAGGAGGAGAAGGCGAUCCGGGUGGUGCGGGCCAACGAGACGCGGACGGCCAACCAGCAGCACGGCCUGGCCCGCUCCCUGCUCUCCAACAUGGUGGUGGGCGUGGACACCGGGUUCACCACCAAGCUGCAGAUGAUUGGCGUGGGAUACCGUGCGGCGGUGGCGGGCAACAACCUGACCCUCAACCUGGGGUACAGCCACCCCGUGGAGAUGGCCAUCCCCUCGGGCCUGGCGGUCAAGGUUGAGAAGAACACCAACAUCGAGGUCAGCGGCUUUGACAAGGAGCUGGUGGGCCAGUUCUCGGCCAACAUCCGCAGCAAGCGCGAGCCGGAGCCGUACAAGGGCAAGGGCGUGCGGUAUGCUGACGAGGUGGUGCUGCGCAAGGAGGGCAAGCGCGGCAAGUAAGCAGUACCGCAGCAGUGCAAGCAAGUAGCAGUACAGCAGCACGGGGCGUACUGCAACUUGCUGCUCCCCCGCAGCAGGGCGCCCCCAGCCCCUCGCCCCCUCCUUUUCCCUGCUCUCCCCUGCGGCGCCCCAGUGCCAUCCCCUUUCUUCUUUUCUUGCUUUACAUGGAGCACCCAUUGCUGCUCAGUUCAGUUUCAACUUGCGAGGCUCCCCCCCCAUGCUUGCCGUCUGCAACACUGUGUAAUGCAUGGCAAGG